UCCAAGCAAGCAUGAGGCUCCCAAACUUGGGGCUUGGCAAAGGGGCUCCAAAGGGAAGGGAGCUGCAGCUCUCUUAGUCCAAGGUGGAGGGGGGUUGUUGUUGUUUUGUGUGUGUUUUGGGGGGGGGAUCCAAAAGCCUGUCCCCCAAAAAGGGGGUUGAAAUCAAAAGAUCCCUUUAUACCCCCCUUCCCUCCAGUCCUUGGACUCUUUCCCUUUUGCAUUUUGCAGACAGAGGCGGAUGGCAAAGGUGGCUCCUCCUGGAUUGUGCUCCAAGGCAAAGAGGCAGACCCACAACACACACAGCACACAAUCGCGCUGGAUCUCGCUGGCUGGAUUUGCUACAGAUUGGUUGAUUUAUUUUUUUGGCUCAGAAAAACAUCUAUAGAUCUAUUGACACACAGCUCUGUCUUUUAUUUACACACACCUCCAGCUGUUUCUGCACCCAUCUGUAAAUAUUGACACACACAAGAGAGAGAUACAGUUGCAGGCACCAGCUCGAUCUGCACCCAGAUCUGGACCUUUUUUUCCUUCGGGGGUUUGGAGCAGGACUGCCAUCGAAGGACAAGGCACCCCCAUAUAUAUAUAUAUAUAUAUAUAUAUAUAUAAUAAGGAUUAAAAGUGGGAGGGGGGGAAGAAGAUCAACGAUGAGGAGCCCAUCCAGCCACUUGGGAUCAAGGCACAGCAUGAAGCAAGCAACACAUUCAUAAUGAAAAGAAACUCUAGGACUCUAUAAUACCUCGCCUAACAGAUUCCAAGGAUUUAAAAGAAAGAAAACGAGACCUUCUGGAUUCCUUUUACAAUGUCUGGAUCUACUCAACCCGUGGCCCAGAGCUGGCGAGGAAGCGAACCCCGGUAUCCUCCGCAUGCUAUGUCCUACCCAAUGACAAUAAGUCAGUCGCAUAUGGAUGUGGGGCUCUUAGAAUACCAGCACCAUCCCAGGGACUACCCUUCCCACCUGCCCUCUGGGUCUGUCUUGCAGCCGCAACGGAGAAGACCAUCCUUGCUAUCGGAGUUUCAGCCGGGGAAUGAAAGGUCGCAGGAGUUACUCAGCCGAGCCUCACCUCAUUCUUACCUCCCUGACCUGAGCAAACAGUCGGAUAUUGAGUUCAUCGAGACAAAACGGCCCCGGCUAGAGCUGCUGCAAGAGCCGCUGCUGCGACACUCACCCCUGAUCAACCAGAGCCAGCAAGGAGAGACAGAUGAUCUCUCUAAGGAGCGAGGCAUAUCCGGAAAACUGGAACCAGUUUCUCCAGUCAGUCCUGCCCACCCUGAGUCUGAGCUGGACCUGUUACCAUCCAGGCUCUCGAAGGAGGAACUGAUCCAGAACAUGGACCGGGUCGAUCGGGAAAUCACCAUGGUUGAGCAGCAAAUUUCCAAGCUGAGGAAGAAACAGCAACAGCUUGAGGAGGAAGCAGCAAAACCGCUGGAGCCUGAGAAGCCGAUAUCGCCUCCGCCAAUUGAGUCCAAGCACCGCAGCCUAGUCCAGAUCAUCUAUGAUGAGAAUCGGAAAAAAGCAGAAGCUGCCCACAGAAUACUGGAAGGCCUUGGACCUCAGGUGGAGUUGCCGCUGUACAACCAGCCUUCAGACACAAGACAGUACCAUGAGAACAUUAAAAUAAAUCAGGCAAUGCGGAAGAAGCUGAUAUUGUACUUCAAGAGAAGAAAUCAUGCCCGUAAGCAGUGGGAACAGAAAUUCUGCCAGCGCUAUGACCAACUGAUGGAAGCCUGGGAAAAGAAAGUGGAGCGCAUUGAAAACAAUCCUCGACGCCGAGCCAAGGAGAGCAAAGUACGUGAAUAUUAUGAGAAGCAGUUUCCAGAGAUCCGGAAACAGAGGGAACUCCAGGAGCGCAUGCAGAGCAGGGUAGGACAGAGGGGCAGUGGCCUCUCCAUGUCGGCGGCACGAAGUGAACACGAGGUGUCAGAAAUUAUUGAUGGGCUCUCGGAACAAGAGAACCUAGAGAAACAGAUGCGUCAGCUGGCUGUCAUCCCGCCCAUGUUGUAUGAUGCGGAGCAGCAGCGCAUCAAGUUCAUCAACAUGAAUGGCCUCAUGGAUGACCCCAUGAAGGUCUACAAGGACCGGCAGGUGAUGAACAUGUGGAGUGAACAGGAGAAAGAGACUUUCCGCGAAAAAUUCAUGCAGCAUCCAAAGAAUUUUGGCCUGAUUGCUUCCUUUCUGGACAGGAAAACGGUGGCCGAUUGUGUCCUGUACUAUUAUUUGACCAAGAAGAAUGAGAACUACAAGAACCUGGUGAGAAGGAAUUACCGGAGACGUGGAAAGAAUCAGCAGCAACAACAGAUGCCCCGUAGCAGCCAAGACGAAAAAGAUGAAAAAGAAAAAGAAAAAGACAUGGAGAAGGAAGAAGAAAAGCCAGAAGCUGAAAAUGACAAAGAGGAACUGACAAAGGAGAAGAAUGAAGAUACAUCUGGUGAAGACAACGAUGAAAAAGAAGCCGUUGCUUCCAAAGGGCGCAAAACUGCCAACAGCCAGGGCCGACGCAAAGGCCGCAUCACCCGCUCAAUGGCUAGUGAGGCGAACAGCGAGGAAGUGGCUGCUCCCCAGCAGAACUCGGAGUUGGCCUCUCUGGAGAUGAAUGAAAGUUCCCGCUGGACAGAGGAAGAAAUGGAAACAGCCAAAAAAGGUCUCCUUGAACAUGGACGCAACUGGUCAGCCAUUGCCAGGAUGGUGGGCUCCAAGAGUGUCUCGCAGUGUAAAAAUUUCUACUUCAACUACAAGAAGAGACAGAACCUGGAUGAAAUCCUACAGCAACACAAACUGAAAAUGGAGAAAGAAAGGAAUGCUCGGAGAAAGAAGAAAAAAGCCCCUGCGGCCCAAAACGAAGAAGCGGCCUUUCCUCCGGCAACGGAAGACGAGGAGAUGGGGCAAGACGGGUCAGGCACCAGCGGCAAUGAAGAAGAGAUGGCCGAGGAGGCAGAAGUUACCGUAAAUAACAGUUCAGACACAGAGAGCCUUCCUUCUCCUAGACCUGAAGCCAAAGAAAACACAGAGACCGAGCCCAAACCCAUCCUGGAAGCCAGGGACAAUGGAGAAGAGCUGGGUAUCAAAACGGAGGAAGCCCCUGGUCUCCCAGAAGCAAAUUCUGUAGCCUCCACCAUGCAGUCACCCGAGGAAGCAACCACUGAACCAACUGGGAGUGAAGAGAAGCCACAGGAGGAACCAUCAGGCGAUGUGUUGAAAAGUGAGGAGACAGAGGAGAAGCCCAAGAGUCCAGAGCCUGACAAGGAUGACAUCAAAAUGGAGGAUGCAGGGGAUUGUCAAGAAAAGGACACGGACAACAAGAAGAAAAGCGAGACCACCUGUAGCCUAUCAGGCACUGAGCGGGCGGUCAAGUCUGAGAAGAAGGAGACCCACAAAACUGGGAAAACGGGAGGCGCCAACCCUGACAGCGAUUCCAGUGCCACAUGCAGUGCUGAUGAGCUGGACGAACAGGAUGCUGGCGACAAAAACAAGUUGCUGUCUCCACGGCCCAGCCUCCUCAAUGCGACCAACGAUUCUUCACCCCAAAAGCCACUUGACUUGAAACAGUUGAAGCAAAGAGCUGCUGCCAUCCCACCCAUUAUUUCAGAAGGAUUGUUGGAGGGAGUGUUGCAAAGUGGAAGUGCAAAGCCCCAGGUGCCCCACCAUGCGUUGGCUCUUUACAAGCAGCAAAUCACAAUCGCCCAUGAGUUGGCCCUGGAGGAGUCGGCCCAGAGCAAACAACCCCAGCAACAGCCGGCUGAAAAGGAGCCCCCGCUAAGCAGCAGCCCCAGUGUCCAGAACAGAAGCCCUACUGCUGUCGAUAAAGUUGAAAAACCAGUCCAUUUCACCUCCCUUCCAGAGGGACAGAAGCUUGAUGCUGAGCCUGUCAUGACUACCUGCUGGCCUCCUUACCAAGGAUCAUCGAGGGAUGUGAUCCGAAGCUCUCCCCACACUGACCCCCAUGUGUUUCAGUACAACCCAUCAGGUCACCCAGUCUCCUUAAAUGUACAUGAAAAUUCUCGCCCUGGUCUCCAAAGAUUGUCAACCAUCUCUAAUCCUCCUCCUCUCAUCUCCACCAAACAUCCCUCUGUUCUUGAAAGGCCCCUUGGCUCUAUUUCGCAGGGGGUGCCUCUUCAGCUUCAAACACCAUCCAGCUCUGAGCAUGCAAAAGUCCCCAUCGGCUCUAUCGCCAUGGGUUUGCCCUUGACGGUGGACCCCAAGAAGUUGGUACCUUUCCCUGGAGUGAAACAGGAACAGCUCUCUCCUCGGAGUCAGGCUGGUCAACCAGAAGGCUUGGUUGUGCAGACAUCUCAAGAGAACUCUGUUCUUCGGGGUACAUCCUUGGGCUCUAUGUCAGGAGGAAGCAUCACAAAAGGCAUCCCCAGCACAAGGCCACCGUCAGACUCUCCCAUCACGUAUCGAGGCUCCAUCACGCAUGGCACCCCAGCCGAAGUGCUGUAUAAAGGAACCAUUACCAGGAUAAUUGGAGAAGACAGCCCCAGCAGAGGAGAGAAAGUGAGAGAAGAUGCCUUGCCCAAGGGACAUGUCAUUUACGAGGGGAAGAAGGGACAUGUCCUGACCUACGAUGGUGGCCUUGCUGCCGUACAGUGUCCCAAAGAGAACAACAGAAACAUCGGAGCCUCACAUGAGAGCAGUGGCACAAAGCGGACCUAUGACAUGAUGGAAGGAAGGGCCCCACGUUGUUCACCUGGUGGCAUAGAAGGUCUCAUGGGCCGAACCAUCCCACAAGACAGACACAGUCCCCUCAACCUAAAAGAACCACAUCACAUCCGGGGCUCUAUCACCCAAGGUAUACCUCGAUCCUAUGUGGAGGCCCCUGAGGACUACCUCAGAAGAGAAGCCAAACAACUCAAGAGGGAAAGCACACCGCCAAGGGACUUAGCCGAUGCCUACAAGGUCAGGACUCACGAGAGCCUCACCCCUUUGAAAAUGAAAGCGGUGCAUGAAGGCCUCAUUGCCACUGUGAAAGAAGCAGGAAGAUCAAUCCAUGAGAUCCCCAGGGAGGAGCUGAGGCGCACACCUGAUGUCCCUCUAAUGACAAGGCCUGUAAAGGAAGGGUCUAUUACCCAGGGUACCCCACUGAAGUAUGACAACACCCCUUCAGCAAGUGCCAAAAAACAUGAUGUGCGGUCUAUUAUUGGAAGCCCAGGGAGGCCCUUUCAUCCUGUCCAUGCUAUGGAUGUCAUGCAGGACCCAAGGACUCUAGAAAGAGCUUAUGACGAGAGUUUGAAAAACAGGUCCAGUGUCGUGGCAAACUCGGGGGGCUUAAUCACAAGGGGAGCCCCUGUUAUUGUGCCAGAGCCGGGAAAGCCUCGCCACAGCCCCCUCGCAUAUGAAGACCACCAGUCAGCCCAUGGGACAGCUUUUGGCAGCCACUUGCACCGAGGGUCCCCAGUCUCCACACGGGAGACAACCCCAAGGCAGCAUGAAGGAAGCAUCUCUGCUGGAAAGCCUGUGUCCCAGGACAGAAAGAUCACCCCAACACCAAGAGAAAUUGCCAGCUCCAAGUCACCUCAUGCUACUCUUGCAGACCACCAUCACCCCAUGUCUCCCUAUGAGCACUUGCUCCGAGGAGUGAGUGGCGUGGACCUUUACAGGGGACAUAUUCCAUUACCCUUCGACCCUGCUGCUAUCCCCAGGGGAAUCCCCCUGGAAGCAGCAGCUGCAUAUUACCUGCCGAGGCACCUGGCUCCUAGCCCAACGUACCCUCAUCUUUACCCGCCAUACCUCAUCCGUGGCUACCCAGACACUGCCGCCAUGGAGAACAGGCAGACCAUCAUCAAUGACUACAUUACCUCCCAACAAAUGCACCACAAUGCUGCAGCCGCCACUGCCAUGGCACAGAGGGCUGACUUGCUGCGUGGUCUGUCUCCACGAGAGCCUUCCUUAGCCCUCAACUAUGCCGCAGCAGGAAUAAUCGACCUGUCUCAAGUGCCACACCUGCCUGUGCUUGUGCCCCCUAACCCUGGCACCUCUGCCCCCUCCAUGGAUCGGAUCGCAUACAUCCACAGCGCACCCCAGCCUUUUAGCAGUCGACACAGCAGCUCGCCACUCUCCCCAGGAGCCUCCAGUCACUUGACCAAGCAGAUAGGAUCUUCAGUUUGUGAACGGGAGCAAGAACGGGACCGUGAAAGGGAGCGUGAAAAGGAACGCAAGAAGUCGGUCUUAGCGGCCACAACCAAUGUGGAACACGCCCCCAUAUGGAGACCAGGUACAGACCAGGGUAGCGGCCGUUCAUCGGCACACUCUCACAGCCAGAAGCACUCCCCUGUCUCCCCGCGCACCCAAGAGAACAUCCAACAGCGUCCUAGUGUGCUGCACAAUACAAACAUGAAGAUGAUGUCCUCGGAGUGCCUUACCCCUUCAGUUCUACGGUCCUCUUCUUCCUCCUCUUCUUCCUCCACCACCACUACCACCACCACAUCACCAGUUCGCUCCUCAGUCUACUCCUCAACAUCGUCAUUGCGCAGCUCCGUAAGUGGCAUGGAUAUCUACCCAUCUGUGAUGGAUACCACCCACAUACAGAAGGAGGCCUCCAGGGCCCAAGAUGCCAAAACAGAACGGCCUCAGACUGACAGCAGCCUGUUCACCUCAAAGGUGUCCGCUGGGGCAGGCCUAGCAAAGUCACCUUCGCCCAUUAAAGCCAUGGAACCGCGGCCUUUGCCCAUCUCUGGGCCAGGCUCGACCCACCCGUAUAGCAGAGGACAGGGGAAAAACCAGCCUCAGCAUCAUGCGCCCCUGGACCAGUCGCUGGACACAGUUUCGGCCAGUGAGCAGCCCAGUAGAGAAAAGAGUAAAACCUUUUCAGUACAGGAACAGGAGCUCCGAGCACUCGGUAAGACCACCAUGACAGCGGCCAGCUUCAUAGAUGUGAUUAUCAUGCGUCAAAUUUCUUGCGAUAAGGGGAAGCGAGAGAGAAGCUCGCUAAAUAACGACGCCAAUAGUGAUGGUUUCCAUGGAGGCUACAGCUCUGACGGCAUUGAGGCAGUAAGUCCUGUGAGUUCCCCCAGUAUGCUGCAUGAGAAAGGGACAAAGCUUUCCCAGGAUCCUGAGAAAGGACGUGGAAGAGAACAUGAGUUACGCUCAAAACAGUCAGGUUCACUCAAGCCUUCUGCAACAGAAAUGCCACACAUGCAGCAACUCCACCAGCUCUCAGAGGGCCAGCAGUCACCGUCAGGCCUCCCAUUCCAGGGAUCACAGAACACCAAAGGCCACCAGCGGGUUGUCACCCUAGCUCAGCAUAUUAAUGAGGUUAUCACCCAGGAUUAUACACGUCGCCAUCCCCAGCAGCUUAACUCCCACAUCCAGACCCCAGUAUACUCCUAUGCUGGGUCUCCUUGUCCUGUGCUGGAUCUCCGCCGAACUCCUACUGAAACCUACAUCCAGCAGCAGCAGCAAAUACAGCAUAUCCCUGCUUCAAGAAUUUCCCCAGAAAGUGAAGGAAAUAAAAGGUCUCCUGAGCAAAUUAAAGUGCCUGCUUCUGAAAACUGCAUAGAACCCAUCUCUCCACCCGAUGGAAUGGGAGAAUCCGAUCAUAUGCGGAAUGCCACAUAUCCCAUCCUGUACCGUGAAGGGGAACAGCUGGACCAGAGAAUGGGCUCCAAAUCUCCAGGAAACAAUGUACAGCCACCAGCAUUUUUCAGCAAACUCACGGAGAGCAAUUCGGCUAUGGUGAAAUCCAAGAAGCAAGAGAUCAUCAAGAAACUCAGUACAAACAACAGGAGUGAGGCAGAAUACAAUGUUGGACAACCUGGAACAGAAAUUUUCAACAUGCCGGCUAUUACUGGAACAGGGUUAAUCAGUUGUAGGAGCCAGUCGGUCCAAGAAAAUUCCAGUACCAACAUGGGGUUGGAGGCAAUUAUUAGGAAAGCCCUAAUGGGUAAAUAUGACGAGCAGUGGGACGAGCGCUCUUCUCUCAGUGCCAAUGCUUUUAACCCUCUGAAUGCCAGUGCAAGCUUGCCUGCUGCUCUGCCUGUAACCACUGCUGACGGACGGAUUGACGACCUGCGUUCCUCCUUGCCAGGAGGAGGAAAGCCAAAGAUUGCUGCCAGAGCCAACAGUCGCAAGGCCAAGUCUCCAGGACCAGGUCUGUCCUCCACAGAGAGGCCACCAUCAGUUUCAUCUGUUCACUCAGAGGGAGACUGUAACCGGAGGACACCUCUUACCAACCGUGUCUGGGAUGACAGGCCAUCAUCUGCAGGUUCAACGCCAUUUCCAUACAAUCCGCUAACCAUGAGGCUCCCGACAAGUAUAGUGACUGCUCCGCCGUCAUCGGCCGCCAUUCCACAGGGCAAUUCGAACAGCCAGCACCACGGAUGGGAAGAAGAGCCCAAACCGCUGCUCGUCUCCCAGUAUGAGACUCUGUCGGACAGUGAAUGAAAAGGGAGAGGAACUGAGAAGAGGGGAAAGUGAUAACAACGAACAGAUCGAUCUGGUGGCUAUGGGGCUAGCUAGGGCAUAAAGACUCUGGCUAUCUGGUAUGAGCCGUGGCUGGCCUACAUCAGGCACAUGAGCAGCACUAUUCCAGUCCGCUGAUAUAUAUUUUUUGUCACAUCUGGGAGUGGGAAUUGACAAUCUCUUCAGCUUAAAGGCCUUAAAAACUACAACAAGCAAACGGAACCCGACCCGAUUCUCUCUGCCAUUUUGGUGCUGAUAUCAUUGCGGAGCUGUUGUGGCGAGGAACGAAACCCACGCAUACGAAGGAGGGCAGAGGAGGGAAGCCUGGAAGGUUCACCAAGGGACCGGACCUAGUCACCGAAUCUCAGUUAUUAAUUCUCAGGGGAUUCCAUCUGCUGCACCAGUUCUGUCCUUCUGCAGAGAGAAGGCGAGAGGAAGCGCAUUGGACGGAGACGGUGUGUUUGGUUGGAAAGCCCCGACGUGCGCUUCUUGAGCGUUUCCACCUCUGUAGCACAUUAUUUCUUAUGUGCACUGUCGUGGCCUGUUUAUCCAGUACUUGAAAUAGGAUCAAUUUAACUGCCCCUCCUUUACUUGUGUUUUAUCAUCACAAGGGGCUGCACCAGUGGAAUUACAUAUUAGUUGUGUAAGGAAGCAAAUACAAAUAGCCUGGAAGAACGGUUUGGUUCCUUCCAUGCCUCACAGUUACUUAUGGUUGUUCUCUUCCCAAUGUGUCUUGAUAGAAAUGUAAGGGAAAUCGCUUGACCAGCUGAACUUUUCAACAAACAAGGAGGCAGGUGGUGAUGCUUUGGAGGUAGAGCUAGGCUGUGGGCUUGGAAGAUGAACAGGCAACAAAAAAAGAUUUCUUUUGAAGAAAAGAAUGCUGAGUUUGACUAGUCGUUGAAAUUUUGCAGUCUCCUCUCUAUACGUAGCGCGUUGGCUACAAAUAGAGAGGCAAGCAAGUGAGGGAGAUGGCUGUUUGGAGUACAUUGUUUUGUAAAACAGUGCUGUGUAUAUGGUCUACAGGGUAUAUUUUUGAUACCUUUGGCAAACGACGCCAGAUACUUUUGCGCAAGGAAGGACUUUAAAACAGUAUUAUAUGCUGCUUUUCAGUCUCCGCACCUGUACAAAGAGGAUUUUUAUGUUGCGUGCAAGCUUUUGACCGCUUAUCCAUUGUAUGGAAUUGCCGAGAGGUAACAGUGUUCCAACAAAAUGGUUCUGUAGUUCAGUAGAAUAUAUUAACUUAGGGUGUGUGUGUGUGUGUGUGUGUGUGUGUGUGUGUAUGCGCCCAUUCAUUCGUUCACUCACAAUUGCAGGAUCCUUAUAGCAUAUAUAGUAACACUCCAGCAUGGAGGUGACAAUAUUUUUCAAGUGAAUUUGUCUUUUUGGGAAGGAGUGAGAGAGGCUAAGAAACCUGACUCACCCACAAAUGUUAUGUUUUCUACAUUUGCAGGCUGGCAUAUAUUUCUGUCUUGUUCAUUUUUUAACCUAACCAAUUCUAUGAUGCUUUCAGAUUUUAAAUCAAGUGAGCUUGGACACAACAUUUUAGCCUUUCUUUUUCUUCUAUGCCCCCCCCCAUACACACACACUAGAACAUAGAAGGGCGGCUGUAAAAUGGUGUUCAAUGUUUUUCGUUCAGCAUGCUAAGGAAAAAAAAAGAUCUGGGAAGCAGCAUCUCUGCUGGACUGGACUAUAGCCGUGUUCCCAUAGCUGAGUAAUAUGAGACAGUGUCCAGGAAAUGGCAAUAUUAUGCUUCCCAGUGUUGGAAAGGCUUGCUUUUUUUGUUUUCCUCCCCAUCUGUCUUCUAUACAUCUCCUAGUUUUUAUGUUCUUUGUGAUACAGUAUUUCAAGCACAUACCUGUGCAUACACACACACACACAAACACAUUAAAUUCCCCAGGCUCAAAAGCAUACUUGAGUGUGCGAAUGAACGUGAUGUUUUUGUGCGGUAAGAUCUGCCAGGAAUCCAUGCCAUUCUGUUCUUUCCGAUCCUAAAAAAAACCCUUGUGCUAAUGGAAUACAAUUACAGGUUUUAGAAUAUGUAGGAAGUGUCCUUGUGCCCUGCAACAGGCCUUGCGGACUGUUAGGUUGCAAACCUGCAAAGCCUUAGCUUACAGGAACAUAGGAAAGGUCUAGCAGCAUGUAAGCCGUGAAGAGAAUGGCCAGGAAGCUGACUAAAUUAAAAUGCAAAGAUAUGAGCCAGAUGCCAAACGCAUGGUAUCCUACCAUGGUUCUGACCCAUUUCCACUCCAGGGCCAGUGCAACAAUGAAGCUGCCGCCACCACACACCCCUUACCUGUCCGCAACAUCAUGUGCCCUCUGAUGCCCCCUUCCCCACCGUGGGCCAUAAGGACAGGAAUGGUGGGACUGGCUUCACCCACAUGGCUAGGCACCCCUUACCAAUGUCACUGGCUGCAACCGGACCUUCAGAGGGAGCAUGGCAGUGCUAAGGAGGCAGGAAACUCCACUACAAACAGCUGGUCUUUUUAGAUGGCACCAAGGUCCAUUUGGCCCAGGGUUGAACUGGGAUUGGAAUCUGGCUGAUUCUGGCUCGAAGCUGUUGGCCAGUGUUAUCCAUACAGAAUUAUGCCAAGCCAUGGGGAACACGGGCCUUUUGCCCCAUGCAUUCAGCCCCUAGAAGCUCCUGUUUGAUAGACUUUCCCAAGCGCUGCUUCUUGUUUACAAACAGUCACCCACACACCCAACAUGCUGAGGUGACACAUGGAACUGGAAGGAAUUUCAAAGAUGACCCUUAUCCUCCCAUGCCAGUCCUGCCUCUGGCCAAGCGCCCAAAUUAUGCCCAGUAUUCCCUUUCAAGUUACGGUUGAAAUGCAGUAUUGGGAAAAUUCAGGCCACCGUAGAAAACAGAUCGUAAUGCUUUUUUCUUAUACUGGGAUAACCUAUAUAGAAGGAUUCAAAGAUAUAGCUAUUUGGUUUGCAGAGAGAUCUUGCAGCACCUUUGAGACUCACUGAAAAAAAGAAGUUGGCAUCAUGCGCUUUCAUAGACUUCAGUCGACUUCUUCAGAUGCGAAAGCUCAUGCUGCCAACUUCUUUAUUUCAGUGAGUCUGAAAGGUGCUACAAGAUAUCUCUACCUACUGUAUGGAAGGAGAGUGUUUAUUUCUAGCCCAGGCAAAGUUGGCGUUUCUUCUAGCGGUCUUUCCCCUUCUCAUCUCCGCCGCCACCAGUCUUUUUCUGUCUCACUGGGUAUUCUUCCUCCCUCCAAACUCCUUCAGCCUAUUUCUCUCCUCACUCUCCAUCAUACAUACCAGGCAAUAGGAAUAUUUGAAUGGUUUAACGUUCCACCGGAUAGAGGGAAGCAGUGUGUGUGUGUGUGUGUGUGUGUGUGUGUGUGUGUGUGUGUGUGUAACAGUGGUUCUCAAUCUUUGGCAUGCCAGAUGUUUUAGUCUUCAGCUUCCAGUAGCCACAACCAGCACGACCAAUGAUCAGGGAUACUGGGAGCUGAAGUACAAAAUGUUGACAAGUCAAAGGUUGAGAAACCCUGGUGUAAAAGCCGUGGAGGAAAAAUAUCUCAUAGGCCUGCCUCCAGCCUUGUCCCUAAGGAAGAUCAGGGGGGUGCCUAGUGUCCAAAGAUACUGUAGUAACCUGCAGUCAGGUUUUAAUUCACUAAAAUUAAUUAAUCCAUUGGAGAAAAUGAACUCCAAAAUGCAUACCCACAGGAUCCCAUUAGCAUCCAAGCCAAGUUGGUAGCUGGACCUUGGAUCCAUGCUGGACAGGUACACAUGCACUUACGCAUAUGUACAUGGUAUCUUUUAUUAGUACAGGUCAAGUAUCCCUUAUCCGGAAUACUCCAGAAUCCAAAAUUAUCCACCUGGAGGGCUGAGAUAGUGAGACCAUUGCUUUCUGAUAGUUCAGUGUACGCAAACUUUGUUUCAUGCACAAAAUUAUUUUUAAAAUGCAGUCUACAAAAUUACCUUCAGGCUCUGUGUAUAAUGGGUCUAUGAAAUGUAAAUGGAUUUUGUGUUUAGAAUUGGGUCCCAUCUCCAAGACAUCUGAUUAUGUAUCUGCAAGUAUUCCAAAAUCGGGGGGAGGGGGGAUCCCAAACACUUUGGGCCCCAAGCGUUUCAGAUAAGGGAUAUUCUACCCGUCUAGAUGAGGGCACAGAUCAGGACUGAGAGCUUCUUGAACUCUGUACUCAUGGCAAAAAUAAAUGCUUGUGCUUCACUGUAUACAUUGGGGUAAACACACCCUUCUGUACACUUAGAUUAUCUCCAUGUAGGGAACACAUUAUGUAUGAUAGGCCCAGUAUCCUUUGUUUUUCAGCCAAUAUCGGCCUGACCUUCAGAAAACUUCCCUGGUUCAAACGGUGCGUGCGCAAAGACCAAUACAUUGCAGCCAUAACAUUAGGAAGUCCUGGCCACAGCAGAACUAUUUGCAGAGAUCAGGUAGGAGUUGCUCACAGUUGUCAAUAGGGUUAUUUUACUUUUCGACCACCUUAAAUUGGUACAGCUUUCCACCGCCAAACACAUUCACACCCUGCAACAAAAUCUCUGGCCACUGUUUGAAAUUUGAGAUUGCAUAUACAUUCCACUAAGGGGAUUUAGAUAUAACCCUUUUUCCCCUUCCCAAAAAGGUUGUUCCCAUAUUACCAGGUAGUGUACAUUCUCCAUAUGUGGAUGUGUGGAUGUGCCUAUAUAUAUGUACAUGUAUGUAUAUAUAGACACAUACACACAGAGAGUUGGAUUCUGUGUAUACGUAUUAUUCCAUUUGCGUGUGCAUGUAUAAGUGGUACAUACACACACUUUAUUUUGUGCCUGAAUCAGUGGCCUGGCACAUAUCCAUGUGCAUGCUUGCAUACACAAACCAGCUCUUGGUAACCUAACUCACUAAGAUUCAACCAAACGCUGACAAGCAUCGUCUCCGUUGACUGUUACCUCUUUGUAAGAUCAGCGCCAAGCACUGUGUGUUAGCUUCGAAAGAAAGCCAUUCUUCAUACACAAUUUGUCUGCAUCAUUUGUGUAGGGUUAUGUGACAUAUAGUUCUCUAUUGUGCUACCUGCUACGAUUUUUUUAUUAUUAUUAACUGUGCAAUCGAGAAAAAAAAGGAAGUUAUGUUAAACUAUUAAAGUCUGAAGUGUUACCAACUUUGUAAUUUGUACACACACACACACAAAGAUUGAAAGGACAGUUUUAUUGUUUGAACUGUACAAGUUGGGUGGGGCGGGAAAAGAAAUCUCUAUCUUUUGUACAACCAAAUUGUGCAUAGCUGUUUCAAAGCAAGUUGUAUGAUAGAAUGGACUGUACAUAGAAACUGCUGAGUUGUAAAUAUUUAUGCAGCUUGCGCGAAAAGGUUGGGUUGUGUUUUUUUUUUCCUUCUACUGAAAGUGACGUUUUGUUCACCGUUGUUGUGUUUGUUUGGUUUAUUUUCUUGUUCUACAUGCCCACUAAGCAAGCGUUGUGGGCUUGCCUUCUUGUUUAAAUAAAAAAAGGGGGGGAGGGAGCUUGUUGCCAGCAAAACCA